CUUCAGCGCCAUGAAAAGGACGAGAGAGUAUGGGGAUUGGAGUUUUUCUACGCUCGACAUCGCCACCAAAGAAAAAAAGAAAAGGGUGAAGGUGACACACAAUUCUUUGCCGCUACCACCAGCUUUGGAGGAGAAACCCACUCUUGUGUUAGACAUGGACGAAACACUAAUCCAUGCCCACAAGGCCACAGCAUCCCUCAAGCUCUUCAGUGGGAAAAUUCUUCCAUUGGAGCGCUACCUUGUGGCAAAGAGGCCAGGCGUGGAUAUAUUUCUAGAUGAGAUGAGUAAGAUCUACGAGAUUGUGGUUUUUACUCGAGCCGUGAAGCCAUAUGCGGACAGGAUUUUGGAUAGGCUCGACCCAGCUGGGAAUCUCUUCGCCCAUCGCCUCUACAGGGAUUCGUGCUCGACCAAGGAAGUCGGAGGGAGAAAGGUUGUGAAAGAUCUUUCGAGAUUAGGGCGGGACCUCAGACACACAGUGAUCGUGGACGACAAGCCAGAGUCCUUUUUCUUGCAGCCCAACAAUGGAAUUGUCAUCCGAGCAUUCAAAAACAGGAAAGGGCAUAAGUAUGAUGAAUUGAAGACAAUAAGCAAUCUACUCAAGGAAAUUGCAAGAGUUGAAGACGUAAGGCAAGCAUUGGAGAAGGUAAAAAGUUAAACAAAAAAUCUCAUAAAAAGAAACUCAUGUAUCCACUGUUUAUGCUGUAACACUGCUCACUCUAAACUGAUUGGGGCAUUGUUUUUCUCAUGUCCAAUUUAAACUUUGGAAACAAUGUCAAGCAUCUUGAGUUUCAGUCUGAUUAAUCACUUGAGAGCCAAUAGAUAAUUGUGCUACUUAAGCAGCAGUGUAAAGAGAGACAAUCGAUAUAUUAUGCAAAGAGGAGGUGCUCACCGCCGAGGGACACCUGCCGCA